AUGUUUGGCGCUCCGUCCACCCCAAAGGGUACGCGUAUGGAGGAGUCCUGGCCGCCGAGGUAUAUGAGUACGCCCACGACCGCGACUCUCCCCAUCGAUUCCACUCUUUGUUCCACUCCCACAUCUGCACCCACAAAGAUCGACUCCUUCCAACCUCCUCCUUCCACCUCUACACCUCGUAUCACCCACCAGCAGUACCAGCAGCGGCAGCAGCACUCUACCGUCUCCCCCUCCCUCUCCGACUCGCCUUACAUUGGCACCGAUCGCUACACCCUUCACCAACAGAUCGCCCAUUCCCACCCUCACCACCAGCAACGGCCCGGCUCCCCCACCCAGCGCAGCCCAAUGACGUAUCCCACCACCCCUUCGCCCCAGCCAUCCUAUGGUAUCAGCGGGUCGCUUAUUGUCUCUGAGCCUCAGAUCAUCCAAGCUUCUCAAGAUCCCUCAUGCAACCCCCUCCUCUCACACAACGGAGACGUCUUCAUGUCUGCUCCUCAUCCCAAGACCCGCUCCGCCCUCCGCCCCACCCUCUCGCACAACGGUAACGGCGUCUACAUCACCCAGCCAGCCACCUGGCCCCGUCGCAUGAUGCCGCCCAUGGAGUCCAACGAGCGCGCCCGCCCCACCACCGCUGACAGUCCCAUGUCUCCUCCUCCCAACCCUCCAUCCCUCCUCGCCACCACCGCGCCCACUGGCAGCACCUAUGCUGCCCCGCCUCCCCCUCAGCUCCGGUCAUCAGGUGGUAGGAACGAGUCGUCCGGCCAGUCCGGACUUGGGGCCUCGAGGGGUCAGGCACACGGCGAUCAUCACCACGCGCACGGUGCUUCUUCUACGUCAGCCGUGCCUCACCCAACCUUCGGCUCGCUUCCUUCUCAUCCGUCCAACAUGCAACCUUCUUAUGCGGCACCUCCUCCCCCUUUCGCCACCCAUCCUCAACAACCCGCAUCCUCCCACACACUUUCCUACUCUGACGACCUUGCCCACUCGUAUCCGUCACAGUACGACGCCAACCCAGCCUACUCACCUUGGCCUGCCCACUCGUCGUUGCCUACCCACACCGACGGCCAGUACCUCGCUCGCCCGCCACCAGGCUACAACUACCCCGCUCCCCAGCAGUACUGGUCCGUCCCGACCAAGAUGGACGAGCCCAUCCUCGCUCCCGGCGAGCUCCCGGCGCCUCGCCCGCCUAUGAGCUAUGCGGCGUUGAUCGGGGAGGCGUUGUUGCUCGCUGCGGCGCCGCAUCAGUUGUACGUGUCGGAGAUUAGUGACAGCAUCAAGCGGAGGUACACAUACUACCGCCAGAACCCCUCCAAAGUCUACAACGGUGUCCGCCACCAGACCUCCAUGUGCAAGGCAUUCGUCAAGCUCCCUCGGCCGUACGGCGACCAAUCGGGCGGUGCGCGCAAGUGGGCGAUCCGAGCGGGCUGCGAAUCGUGGUUCCACUCGGGCGGCUACCACCCUCCCGCCGGCGCCAACGCCUCGCCUACCGCGUCCCACGCCAGCGUCAAAAAGUCGUCCUCGGUCGGUCCUCCGGGCAAAGCCAAGUCGACCGCGCGGUCCAAGCAGCUGGCGAUCGGUACCAUCAGCCCGCCGGAAGCUCCUCGCCGCCGUCUCGAGCACGAGCCGUACUCUCCCUCGUCCGGUCAAGGGGGUCCUUCCGUCGGUAUCGCGUUCACGGGUACCGGUCGGUCCAGCUGGCAGCCUGCCCCUACGCCCAUGUCGUCCGCUGGCGAGCCCAUGUACCCCGUCCCCUCCCAGCACGGCCAACACCUCCCUCCCCCUCCCGGCAUGCAGUACCCGCCCCAGGGAUACCACUACGUGCCCAUCCAGGCCCAGCACCACCAGCCCAUGCAUCCCCACGCCCAGCACGGCGGGCAGCCCAUGUAUGUCCCGGUCUACAACUCGUAUCCGCACGGGCAUCAGCUCCAGCACCCGCAGCACCACCCCUCCCCCGGCCAGCACUACAUGCCCACUCCGGUCUCCUCCAGCGGCCAACACCAGCACCCGUACCACCAGGGGCAGGGCCACAGCAGCCACGGUAGCGGGGAGUGGCAGUACGAGAGCGAGGGCAAGGCGGAGCAGGGGCAAGGGCAGGGUCAGGAGGACUCGUACUCGUCUCCGGAGAGUGUCAACAGUCGGCACUCGGGCGUCGAGCACACUCCACCCGCCCUCUGA